UGUCGACCUCCAGGAAGUGUCGGGUUCGCUAAGACGAUGUCUUAACGCUACAUCACAACAACAUCCGGAGUGCCAGGCAGCAUGGAGUAGCUCCACGGGCAACGCGAGGGUCGCUUCUUGUGUAGCUGUCUGCUGUGUGACGGGGCAAAGAUGGCUGGGGGCUUAGCCCCUCCGAAAUUGGCGGAGUUUAUUUUGACUGAGAGGCUGGGCAGCGGUACUUACGCCACGGUGUAUAAAGCAUACAGGAAGAAGGACAGCAGGGAGGUGGUGGCGGUGAAGGUGGUUGGGAAGAAGGGUCUGAACAAGGCUUCAGUGGAGAACCUGCUGACUGAGAUCGAGAUCCUGAAGACAGUGCGGCACCCACACAUCGUCCAGCUCAAGGACUUCCAGUGGGACUCUGAGAAUAUCUACCUGAUCUUGGAGUUCUGCUCCGGGGGGGAUCUGUCCAGAUUCAUCCGCAGUCGCCGGCUCCUCCCUGAGCGCGUGGCUCGAAGCUUCCUGCAGCAGCUUGCCUGUGCCCUGCAGUUUCUCCACGAGCGCAACAUCUCGCACCUGGACCUGAAGCCUCAGAACAUCCUUCUGAAUGGAGGGCUGCUCAAACUGGCAGAUUUCGGCUUUGCUCAGUACAUGUCUCCCUGGGAUGAGAAGCACGUGCUGCGGGGCUCUCCUCUCUACAUGGCUCCCGAGAUGGUGUGUAGCCAGCAGUACGACGCUCGUGCUGACCUCUGGUCAGUGGGGGUCAUUCUCUACGAGGCCCUGUUUGGACGCCCUCCCUUCGCUUCCCGUUCCUACACGGAGCUGGAGGAGAAGAUCCGCAGUGACAAACCCAUUGAGCUCUGCCCAAGUCCACAUGUCUCCAGGGAGUGCAGGGACCUCUUGCUGCGGCUGCUGGACAGGGACCCCGAAACUCGCAUCUCCUUCGACGAGUUCUUCACACACCCCUUCGUGGACUUGGAGCACAUGCCCAGCGCAGAGAGUCUGGGCCAAGCAACAGCGCUGGUGUUGGAGGCUGUGCAGAAAGACGAGGCUGGGGAGCAAUCUGGCGCCCUCUCUCUGUACUGCAGGGCACUGGAGCACUUCGUCCCUGCCAUCCACUAUGAAGCAGACGCCCAGCGGAAAGAAGCACUCAGGUCAAAGGUGAAGCAGUACGUCUCCCGGGCUGAGGAGCUGAAGGCACUGGUAGCUUCGGGUAAUAAAAUCAGCUUUGGGCAAGACAAGUCUGCCAGGGACAUUUUAAAAGAAAUGUCCCGGGAUCGCCCGCGGCUCUAUGCAGCUCUGGAGGUGGCGUCAGCAGCUGUAGCCCAGGAGGAAGAGGGCGAGGAUGGCAGUGGCACACUGGAUCUAUACCAGCAGAGUCUGGGGGAGCUGCUGCUCAUGCUGGCUGCGGAACCCCAAGGCAGGCGGAGGGAUCUGCUUCACAGUGAGAUUAAGAGCUUGAUGAGCAGAGCAGAGUACCUCAAAGAGCAGCUGAAGAUGAGAGAGACCCAGACUGAAGCCACGAUGGACAGGGAGCCUCUCUCCGAGUCUGUCAGGAGCUCUUGUUGUGUGCAGUGACUCGGCCGGCUCCCUGGAGCUCAGCUUCCUCGUAGUGAGGGAGCACAAGCAAUUCAACCCCUGAACAAGACCCAGGGACCCCAGCACUUCCCAGCAACUCACCCCCUGAACAAGACCCAGGGACCCCAGCACUUCCCAGCAACUCACCCCCUGAACAAGACCCAGGGACCCCAGUCCGGCACAGA